AUGAGUCCUCUUCAGUUCUCGGGCCUUCCCGAACCUUUUGCUAUCUUGACGGAUAGGCUUGUAUUGCUACCAACCCCCAUUGCAGUGUUUUCAGCGACUUACCGAAAACUGUAUGCAAGGCUGCACGCCGAUGCGGGGUUCUGUCGAAUGGGCUUUGGGAGCGAUUUUCCACUCAAAAAUUGGAAUGACAGUGAAACCCACUCAUUUAUCGAGACACGUGACAUCGAUCGCAAUUGGAAGAAGUACAGCCUGGGUGAUUUGGCUGUGGGGUUGCGGGGGUCUUCUCAAUCUGAUGACAAGAACGCACGCGAUAAAGAUGCCAAGCAAUUUGAACCACAAUUCUCUGUGCUCAGAGGGUCCGACUUGGAGAGACUCAUUGGGCUGAACAUGGAGCUCCUCGAUACGAUCCAUUGGGUUGGCUAUGCUGGUAUUCGCGAUGCAACGACCACUUCGAUGCCAGCUCGAGAGGCUGAGGAUCCGGCUCUUCCACCUUGGCAGGAGAUGGUGGAGCUGCGAUACGGCGUCUCUCCAGAAUGUUGGGGUACGGGUAUUGCGAAGGAGGCAGCUGAAGCGGUCAUGGGAUGGGCCGCGGAUGAACGGGGCGUGAGAAGAUUCAUUGCUGAGACUGAGAAAGACAAUGAGCGAAGUGGGAAAGUAUUGCAAAAGCUUGGGUUUAGUCUUAGCGAAACAGACUACUGGAAAGACCCAGGUGAAUUCGAAUGGGAAUUGAUUGUGCGAUAG